AUUCCGUCAUCAGCGGAUCCAUGGGCGGGGAAAUUCAAAUACUCGAUCUCAAGUCUCCCAUUCACAUCAAGUGGCGCAUGUUCUCAGAGUCGGGAAUACAUUCCAUCGCACUGGGACAGGAUCAUCUACUCACCUGUGCCGCCUCAACUGAAGGGGUCGGGGUUUACGACCUCCGCCAAACGGGUGGGUCCACUAAACCCAUUUUAUCAUUGAAUCAGAAUCUCGCCUCUUAUAGCCUCUCCUGGUCAACAAACGGACAUUUACUGGCUGUCGGCUGCGGGUCUGCAACUUCCUUGUGGGAUGUCCGCCAUCCAUCCAAAGCAGUUAAUAUUUUCAGAAACCCCGGAGACGAAAAUCCCGUCAGAGUCAUGAAUUGGUGUCCCUGGAAACCCAAUGUUCUCUUUACCAGCACAAGUUAUCCAGAGUCGAGCAUCCGCCUUCACAAUGCAACGACAGGAGAGUUGAUUGACGACUAUGAAUGCGCAUCAGAAGUUUCGGGGAUCCAAUUUAACGUCGAGCUGGAACAAAUUGCCACCUCACAUACUGAUUUUGGAAGAGCAGAUGCUAUGAGACAUAUUGAUGGCACAGAAAGCUGCGUUAGGCUCUGGGAAUUUACUUCUAACAAAUUGAAUCCCAUCCAGAAAAUAAGCUAUCACGAACAAGGCAUCAUUAGCAUGGCUGCUUCCGCCAAUAGUCAAUUGCUCACCUUGGGCCUUGAUGACAAACUGUGUUUAUGGCACUGGAACGCAACAAACAAAACCAUCCCUCAUUGGCUCAUUCAAAUGCAAACAAUGAGGCGGGGUUCCAGACUGGUCGUAGUCAAUUGGAUACAUUCAACCUUAUCCGCUAGUCCAAGAUUUUCAAUUUCCCCAAAAUAUUUUAAUGAAUUUCAAUAGUUUGAUUGGAUAUGGCAUGCCGAAAGAGUCACAAACAAAAUGUUUUUAAAAUAAUAAAAAAAAGUUUCGCCACAA